AAAUUUAGAAAUAAAUACAUCAUAAUAAUAUUCCUUCAAACCUCCCAAAUAAUAUCUACCCAUCAUCAACCUCUAUCCAUCCAUCCAUCAUCAUCCUUCAUGGCAGCCUCCAUUGAAGCUCAAUUCACAGCCAACAACCCUAACCAUCCCCAAACCCUAAACAAAGAGUCCCUAACUCACCUUCUUGACACCAAAUGCCACCACUCCCUCCACCUUCUCAAACAAACCCAUGCUAUGCUCAUCAAGCUAUCCCAUUUCCAAGACAACUACAUCUCAGGAUCCCUCAUCAAACACUACUCCAAUCCAAACCUCAACUCAUUCAUCACAGCACUCAAAGUGUUUGACCAAGUGCCCCAACCACAUGUCUUUCUCUGGAACUCCCUCAUCAGAGCUUGCAUUGAUAACAAUUAUCCUCAUCAAGCUAUCCUUGCUUAUCACCACAUGAUAAUUCAAGGUUCAAUACCAAAUAACUACACCUUCCCUUUGGUUCUCAAUGCAUGCAAUGCCGCUGAGGCGAUCGACGAAGGGAAGCAGUUUCUUGCGCACUUGAUCAAGCAAGGGCUCGGCGGGGAUAAGUAUAUCAAGAGUGCGGCAAUUCAGAUGUAUGGUGCUUGUGGGAUGAUGGCCGAGGCGAAGAGAAUGCUAACUCCUUGUUCAGACUCGGCUUGUUGGAAUGCGAUGAUCGAUGGAUAUGUGAAAAAUGGUGAUCUUGUUGCUUCUAAGGAGUUGUUUGAUGUUAUGCCUUGUAGGAACAUCAGGUCCUGGAAUGCAAUGAUAUCCGGGUAUGUGAGAAAUGGAAUGAUUGAUGAGUCGAAAAAACUGUUUGAUGAUAUGCCGCAAAGAGAUGGAGUUUCUUGGAGUGCCAUAAUCAAUGGAUAUGUUCAAUGUGGUUGUUUCACUGAUGCUCUGUUGAUGUUCAGGAGGAUGUUGAAGGAAGGAGUGACGAUCGAUAAGUUUGUGUUAUCGUCUGCUCUCACUGCUUGCGCCAAUGUCUGUGCUUUAGAGCAAGGCCGAUGGAUCCACGCUUAUAUUGAUCGAAACUUCAAACAAUUAGACCCUGUUCUAGGAACAUCUUUGGUUGAUAUGUAUGCAAAGUGCGGGCAUUUGGACUUCGCAUCGGUGGUCUUCAAGAAGAUUCGACAGCAUAAACAGGUCUUUACUUGGAAUGCGAUGAUCAGCGGGUUUGCAAUCCACGGGAGAGCCAAUGAAGCACUCGAAUUCUUUGCAAUUAUGCAAAAGGAGAACAUCAAGCCGAAUGCUAUCACCUUCAUAGCCGUAUUGAAUGCUUGCGCACACACCGGCUUGGUUGAUGAAGGCUACAAGCAUAUCAAUUCAAUGGAGAAAGACUUCGGUAUUGCGCCAACAACAGAGCAUUACGGAUGUAUGGUCGAUCUCUUAGGCCGAGCUGGACUGUUGGAAGAAGCUGAGAGCAUGAUAAAUUCUAUGCCAAUGAAGCCAAAUGCAGUAGUUUGGGGAGCACUCUUAGGAGCUUGUAGAAUCCAUGGCAAUGCCGAGCUCGGUGAAAGAGUUGCCAAAAUUCUACUUGAGCUAGAGCCGGAGAACAGCGGCCGAUACGCUGUGCUAUCGAAUAUCUAUGCAAAGGCUCAUCGAUGGGACGAUGUUUCGAAACUGAGGAAACUGAUGAAGUGCAGAGGAAUAAAGACAAUCCCCGGCGUGAGCUUAAUCGAAUGUGAAGGUGUUGUCCAUGAGUUCAUCGCCGGAGAUCAUCGGCAUCCCAACGCCAAAGAGAUACACACCAAAUUGAAGGAGGUGCUGAAGAGGUUGAAGAUGGAACAAGGCUAUGUUCCAAAAACCAGAGAUGUAACGCUGGAGAUCUUUGAUGAAGAAGAGAAAGAGAAUGCAAUUAGCUACCACAGUGAGAAGCUCGCCAUUGCUUUUGGAUUGAUCAGCAGCUCGCCGGAGAAGAUGAUAAGGAUAACAAAGAACCUGCGAGUUUGUGAAGAUUGUCAUUUUGUUUCUAAGCUGAUUUCUAGGGUUUAUGGCAGAGAGAUUGUUGUGAGAGAUCGAGCAAGAUAUCAUCUUUUCAAAGAUGGCGAAUGCUCUUGUAUGGAUUACUGGUGAUUCAAUUCCUGAUUUGAUUUCUAGGGUUUAUGAA